UUCAUCCCAUAGUUUAAGGCGCUCGUCUAUAAACGCGGAGGAAUAUUGCCAAUCCACUCGAUUUUGGGCCAUUCUUAUUCAGCUAUAUGUUCAUCACAUGGAAUCUGAAACAUUGGUUCCAAUUGUACCUAACUUGUAUUGCGGGAAUCUUUACGAUGCAGAAAAUGCGCGCCUUUUAAAAACCCUCAAAAUAACACACAUUUUGUCGGUUGGGCAAUUUCCCCAAAUACCAUUAUGUCAUAUCAAACAUCAGUACUUGGAUGUCUUAGACAUGGAUUGUCAAAAUAUGAUUCAGUACUUUAACCAGGCUUAUGAUUUCAUCGAAAAUGCAACGAAGGACGGUAGCUGUUUGGUUCAUUGUCAGCUUGGAGUUUCACGAGCACCAACUAUAUGUAUCUCUUAUUUAAUUAGAAAAUACCGCAUGACCCUUAAAGAGGCAAAAAAGACAGUGAAAGCUGCAAGGCCAAUAGCAUCUCCCAAUUUCGACUUCUUGAAACAACUACAGCAAUACGAACGUUUGUGUCAAUCCAAGGCACAAGACUCGACGAACUGCGAUGAUUCAGAAAAUAUCAUGGUGAAUAGACAGCCUAGCUAUACCAAUGGGAAUAAUAUGUAUUCUUGCAAAAUUUGUCGAACCAGCCUUUUUCAAGAAGCCGAUGUUGUAUUGCAUUGCAUAGGACAGCAUACGCAUUCAUAUAAAAAAAUUAGAAAGGAUAUAAAAUCUGAUUCUAUACCCCUUACCUGCACUAGUUGGUUCAUCAAACGUAAGGAUUGGAUGGGUGAUAUGACAGAACUUCAAGGAGACAUUGCUUGUCCAAAAUGUCAUACUAGACUGGGUAGUUGGAAAUGGGACGGUUCUCAAUGUUCUUGCGGAACAUGGGUCGCCCCAUUCAUUCAGAUCUUAAAAAGUAGAUUAGACUGCCCCGUUAACGCCAAUUCUGAAACAAAUGAUAAAGUUGAUCAGUAAACAUUUGCUUUUAUUUCGUAUCUUGUACUCAAAUCCUGAACAUAUUUAUAUUCCUCUUCUAGACAUUGAUAUCUACGGAACCAAAUAAAUCUAAAUGAAAUGAAUCUAUCUGCAACGAGAUGCCCAUAUGCAAACAAUUCCAGCUGCCCUAGUUACUCUAUGCAUCGACUAUAGAAUUUUAUAAAAAAUUUUUACG